UCGAACUGAUUUUCUCCAUCCCAAGCACAUCAUCCAGGAAUCGGAAGCAAGCCACUUGUCGCGUGUUUAUUUUUACGCUCACUAUCUGGACCAGCAGUUUGUCGGCGUGGCUCCAUAAGAUAGGAUUCGCUUCUACUCCGUUCCAAGAGCAAGUUUCAAGUGACCUCAGGCGACUGUGAACGAGCCACUUAGAUAUGCUUUGGCUAAUUUGGUGCGUGCUUUUCGGUAGUUUACGAUUCGCAGCCACGCUCAGUGAUGUCGUACGUACGGAAACCGAGUUCGAUUUGGUGGAAGGACAUCGGCAAGCAAGACUCUUCCCUUUCUACUCGAUUGGUCGCAUUGCCAAUAUUCCUUGUAAUGCCACGAACGGUUUGAGGGGGACGUGCUUGAUUCGUGGAGAGUGUGCUGAUAACCUGGGUAUUGCUGGUGGCACAUGCAGCACCCUUACCGCCCAAGCCACAUGUUGUAUAUUCAGCAGAACAUGUGGAGGUUCAACCAAUCUCAACAGCACUUAUUUCACGAACACUGGAUAUCCAGGAACAUUCAACGCUGGAGGCACAUGCACUUUCACCAUUACCCCAUGCAGUUCAUCAGUUUGUCAAUUGAGAAUUGAUUUUCGUUCUCUGACGCUCGCUCAACCGGAUGGCGAUGGAAACUGUGUUACGGAUGUUCUAACAAUAACCGGUGGUAGUUCGGAAGUUCCUCCGAUUUGUGGUGAAAAUACAGGUCAACAUGUGUAUGUAAACUUCGAUGGUCUGAGUCCUAUUACUAUUAGGGUGUCUACUACGGCUGGAUCUACUCUAGGUCGAAUGUGGAACUUGCAGUUAUCUCAAAUUGCUUGUGACUCAGAGUUACGAGCUCCGGACGGUUGUUUGCAGUACUAUUUGGACUCAACUGGGGUGAUCAGUAGCUUCAACUACGGUUUUGGGGCAAAUCCAAAUUUGAACUCACUUGGAGCUACCGGAACGAGGCAGAUCGCUGGGCAACGAUACGGAAUCUGCAUUCGAGCUGGUGCAGAUCGGUGCACAAUCACAUAUAGUUUGCCAACAUCGGAUGGAUCGUACGCGUUCACAGUAUCGGGCGAUGCUGAAGUAGUUGACCCUGCUUUGGUCGGAAUGGGAAUUUUGGGCGAGAAUGGAGAUGUCUGUACUACGGACUAUGUGGUGAUUCCGGAUCCUCUGGUCACUGAUGCGAAUGCGGCGGGAGCUGUUUUUAACGAUAGAUUCUGUGGUCUUGGAAUAUUUCCAGUAACAAGUCAAGUAAAGCCAUUCGUAGUUUAUGUCGUGUGGGAUGAUAACGAGACGCCGGAUGUGGCCAACAGAGGAUUCCGGUUGGCAUACACACAGAACGCCUGCACGAUUACUGGUUAAUUACACUUCGGAUUUCGAUUAUACCUGGUCAGUUAAGGUUUGUUAUUUUCAAAUAUAAACAAAAGUCAGACA